GGCAAAGAGGAGGGCAACUAUUUUAGCGUUUUACCUAAUUGAAUGAAGGUAACAUUUUAUAUUUUCAGAGGAUAUAUAAGUUUAUAUUACAUCGCCGACAUCUGUGCGUUCUAUUUAUCCCCUUUCAGCGUUAUAGAUAAAGUGAACUUAGAUGUAAACGUGUCUUGUUUAACGUUAGCUUUUUAGCUUAGCCGUAAAGCUGAUAUUCCUAAACUCUUAAGACACCUCAAAUAAUGCUGGGAAGUGAAAUCAUUAACAAUCGGCAACACGUUGGAUUGCAGAAGCUCUCGGCGCUGGCAGGAAUCUCGCACUCCUUUUUGGGCCCCAGUAAAAAGUACAAGUUCGUCCAAGAUGACGCGAGCGGGGGCUCUGCUCUCGUGUGCUCGUGUUUUCGCGUCGUGGAAAACCUCGAGCUGACGUGCGCCGUCGGUCAGCUGGUUCACGAGACUCUUCAAGCCCACCAGAAGGUCUACCGCACGGGGUCCGGGUGCUUGCUGUUUCUCGCUGGGGCGUGGAGCCGCGCUGCUCUGGACUGUCUUCAGAGAGGAAUUCCCGUGGCACAUAUAAUCUCGGCUAUGUCCGAAGGGAUGGACGUAUGCGUGGAUGUUUGCGGGAAGUGCGCCAUUUCAACUGAGCGUCUUGGUGGGACGACAUUAGAUGGGCUCGCCGAGGCUUCACAGGCGUCAUUUCAAGGGGCAGCAGAAGUUAAGUCUCUAAAAAUCAGUGAGCAAAGAAAAAUAAAGCUCAGCAGGCAUUUCCGUGAAGCCAAAUAUGAAAAUAUCCCCAAAGUUCCGCAAACUCAUCAACCCAAGCUUCCCGACGUUUUGCGCAUUGCCGAGGGAUUGAGCCACGGUUGCGAUGACUCGAUGAAAUUAGUCAUAGAGGCCUUUCAGGUGCAAACGAAAACAAAUCAAGAUACCAAUUACUCCACGUUUGACGUCGCUAAGGUGGUGACUUGUGUGCUACCAUGUUUGCCAGAGGAGCAUUCCUGCGUCGCACUGGGCUGCGUCGCGCUGUUGCCUCCUGAACGGACUUUAGUUGCUCAUCAUUUAAAAGGACAAGACCUGAAGGUUGCUCUCAUUAGUGGAGAUUUAUCACAUACCUAUCGCCAUCUUGGCUUUAACAGGCCAACGGGUCUCCAGCGUGUGAGUGACAAGUUGGAAUCAAGCAAAGAGGACGAAUGGGUGGAAAAAGUGUUGACACUUUUGUUGAACCUCAACGUCAGCCUGAUUCUAAUCAGUGGCCUCGCAAGUGAGAAAGUGAUUGCACAUUGUUGUAGACGUCACAUACUGGUUGUGGAAAAAGUGAAGGGUUCGGUUUUGAAGACAUUCGCCAGUUCAACCGGAGCUGUUCCGGUAACUUACGCCACACAGUUGAGUAAACACCAUGUUUGCACCGGGGUGAAAGUUACAAUAUGGCGAGACUUUGCACAGAACGAGAAGAAGUCUGCAACGGCUGUGAAUAUUUCCACUGGCAGGCAUGACGGACUGGUCACGGUGAUCCUUACAAGCUGCGUACAUGCAAAGCUGCCGGUUCUGGAGGAUCAGUUCUGGGCCUGUGCUUAUCGUUUGCACCAUGCACUGAAAGACCGAGCCCUCCUGCCUGGAGCCGGAGGGGCAGAAAUGCUUUGUGUUCAUCACCUACGAGAACGAGCAGAGCGCCACAUCAAGAACGGCGACCGUGUCCAGCGAUCCAAAACGGGGCCGUCAGCUAAUCGCUACAGCGGCGUAGUGCUGCGCCUCAUGGCCGACGGUUUAAUAGAUUACAUAUCUACCGUAAUGGUUAACACGGGAAAGUUCUCAAAAGUCAAAGCCAGGACCGCAGUGAGCCAACAACUGCGAAACUAUGACCUGGGCAUCGCUGAAACGACGUCACAACUUUUCUCUGAAGCGAAACCAGACGAAGCACGAGCAGUGGGAGUUUAUGAUAAUCUGAGCGUGAAGCAGGAGGCAUGGAGGAAAGCCUUAGAUCUGGUUUUGCUGGUCUUGCAGACCGACGCGGAGGUCAUCACAGGCGUGAGCCAAAAGACAGAAAAUCUGACGCUGCUGUAAUGCUUUCUUUUUUUUCACCAAAUGUACGAAAUGUUUAUUUAGUCUGCAAAUAUUUUUGUAAAUAUAAAUUUUAUGAUUGAUAUAAAGUGAUUUCAUACAAU